UGAUAUGAGAAUUUUGGGUGAUUUAAAUGCAGAAAGUAAAGUUUAGAUAUAAGAUGUAUAAAAUAGUAAGAUUUGGGUAGUCCGUAUGCAAAUGCCGGAAUAAAAUAAUAGUUGCUAAUUUAUCAACGCGUAGCGUAUAUCGCCAUUCUCAGCUUGCUCCUCAACUGUUUGCGAAAUUGCCUCAAUUAGACAGACUGCGUAACAAAGAUACAUGAAGGCUCUGGGGUGGUGGCUGAUGCUGGUCGGCACUCUCCGGCUCGCCUCUGUCUGGUUCGGUUUCUUCGACAUCUGGGCUCUGCGCCUCGCCGUCUUCUCCAAAACCCAAAUGACUGAUGUUCAUGGGAGGACUUUUGGUGUUUGGACGCUGUUAACAUGUACUCUGUGUUUCCUUUGUGCGUUCAACCUCGACAACAAGCCUAUUUAUGUCGCAACAUUUUUGUCAUUCAUCUAUGCUUUUGGUCAUUUCCUAACUGAAUAUUUGAUAUACCAUACAAUGGCUCUGAGCAACUUAACAACUGUGGGCAUCUUUGCAG